AUGGAAGAAAAGAUGAACAGGAAAAUACUCCCUAAUUCACUAAAUGCAAAAACACAGGAAGACCACCCAACACUAGGUCCUGCCACAGUGAAACACUCCACUAGCAUUGGUGCCAGCGAAACGGACACAGCAGCAGCCACCCGCACUCUAUCACUUACAUCUUUAAGCUUAAGCGACCCUGAGUACGAUACAGUGGACAACAAUUAUCACACAGUGGAGAAUAGUUACGAAAAUAACAGCUACACCUCUUACAACAGCUGCCACAGCACAGACGAAGAAGAGUCCCAAGGAGCCCGUAGAGAGCGCAUCGGCUCAAGUGACCGCACAAAAACAGAAGAUACACAGCCACUACUGCGCAAUGCCAGAACAAGCACAGAACACUCGAGCUUCAGCGGCAGAAGCAGCAGAAAUCUGCAAACUCGCUCUAAGUAUCUGAGCAAAACAGAUCUCCUGAGAGAACAGAUGAAGACAAGAUUUGUCAAUGCACCUAUCUCCAAUCCAGGCAAAGUAGCUGCCACCAGAAGCUCAUCAUUCUCAGCAAUUGAAGAAGACUCUGUUGAGCCGGUGCUGCAGAGAACAGUAGACUCAAACGGUGUAGCCUACUACACAUUCGAUCCCAGAGAUCCAACCAGCGAAAUAGAAGAGGAAGAGUCAGUGCUGCAAAAGACUGUGGGGCCAGAUGGCACAAUUUAUUACACAUUCAGUACAAACUGUGUGGUGGAAGAUGUACCCCUCACGAAUAAGCCCAACAUGACUGGACACGACAGCCCAGAACGCCCGGUAUACCCCACACUGCCAAACGAAGUAGCAUACGAUGAAACAUACGAUGAUAAUUACGAUGAAAUAUACGAGGAAAUACUUGAAAAUAGCAAUGAUAAAUACAUGGCAGAUGAUGACAGCAUAGCAGAUCGCAUAAAGACGCCUCUAGACCUUUUCAUGCACGCCAACUCUUUGAUGUUUGGCAAGCCAACGAUAAGAAACAUAGCCAGGGGUCUUAUGAACAUCGUAAUCCUUGGAGUAGUUCUUUACACUGCCUCUAGGUUUACUUCUAUCUCUCUACUCGUUAUCCUCGUGUUUAUAGGAAUUAACCACUUUUUGUCGUCUUCUCCUAGCAACUCUCUAACCCUUGGGCUUAUUUUCAAAGUGCUAGCGCUGUUUAUCCUUGUGUCCUGUUUCCCAAGUCUUCUGUUCUUUGGCGCAGUUGCAUACUCCUGCAUAGUUAUCAACUGGUUUGUGCGCUCUUUGCUGGGGGGAAAGAUUUUUGACACGCUUUCUUGUCUGAUCGGGCUAACUUCGACCAUUGCUCUGUACCUAUCUCACUACUGGCUGGAGAGAGUGUACAAUAACGUGCUCUGGGUGAUACUCCUUCAGUCUACUAUUUUUGCAUCUCUGACAUUCAACUCUGCCGUUGCUACAUCGCUUUUUGUCUCUCUCCAUGACCCAAUUUCAAACAUAUUCUACGGGAACAAUAAAAUGAACGAGUACAAAGAAAAGCUGGAGGUACUGAAGACCAUGCGCACUGACAGAAACAAUGAGUACAACACCCUAACAAGAGAUAAGUCAGGUAGAGACCAUACUCUCUUGAAACAGAUCAUUGAGUCGGAGAAGGAAGAGAUAGAGAAGUGCAUAUCUUUUGCAAAGAAAAAGAACGAGAGAAUAUACGACAAUUUCUACAGGAGCUUUGGGUCUGCCCCAGACGGGUUGAUGUCAUUCAAAAAGACGCAUGACAUACUCGUGUCUCUGCAUCCUCUAUGGAUACUUAUGCUUCUGUUCACGUCGAUCAUCGCUGGACUUAUCAUGCUUUUUAUGAUCUGCUAUCUGAAGUCACGGCUGCACAUGCUGGACUACAUUCUGACACUCGUCCAGCGGACAAAGAGUCUGUUUGGCAAGAUACAUGAAUAG